UCCAGAUUGCUGUGCUAUGCCUUGUAUGACAAAAGUCCUCUCACCAAGAAUACCUUUGCCUUGACACUUGUGGACAGUCAGACCAUAAAAACACUGCUAAGGAGUGCUAAAGUGGCAAUGAAACAGCCCAACAGAAAGAGGAAGCUUAGUAUGGAUUCCAAAGAGCAUUUGAAUCAGGACGGAUGCUUGGAGCAAGCUGAGGAAGAAAAGAAGCCCAGGGAUGGUGCAACCCCGUUGAGUCACGUGCCUUCCGUGGCUGCACAGGAAGCAUGGUCGUGGGUGCAGUACUUGACAGAACAGAAGGCUACAGCAGCUCCCGUUGAACUGUUUUCCAAGGACCAAUCCUUUCCGGAGCACGAAAAUGGUUUUCGGGUUGGAAUGAGAUUAGAAGGCAUUGACCCCCGACAUCCAUCUGUAUUCUGUGUACUUUCUGUAGCUGAGGUGUGUGGUUACCGCCUCAGACUUCAUUUUGAUGGUUAUUUAAGCUGCUAUGAUUUUUGGACCAAUGCCGGUUCCCCUGACAUUCAUCCGGUAGGGUGGUGUGAGAAGACCAAACAUGAAUUGCACAUCCCUAAGGGUUAUAGAAAAGAUAAAUUUGUUUGGAUGGAUUACUUGAAGGCCUGCAAAUCGCAAAAUGCUCCCAAGAAGUUAUUCAGAAACAGAAGUUCUAAUGGGCCAAUGCCUAAAGAAUUUCAGGUUGGAAUGAAGCUGGAGGCCGUCGACAGGAAGAACCCUUCCUUGGUGUGUGUGGCAACCAUAGCGGAUAUUGUUGAAGAUCGCUUACUAGUGCAUUUUGACAAUUGGGAUGAUAGUUACGAUUACUGGUGUGAUGUAAAUAGCCCUUAUGUCCAGCCCGUUGGUUGGUGUCGGGAGAAUGGAAGAACUCUGAUAGCACCCCAAGGUUAUCCUGAUCCAGAAAAUUUUUCCUGGACAGAAUAUCUGGAAGCUACUCAAACUAAUGCCGUUCCUGCCAAAGUUUUUAAAAUGCGGACACCCCACGGUUUUCUGCCGAGCAUGAGACUUGAAGCGGUGGACAGACGGAACCCCAGGCUCAUUCGAGUUGCUACCGUCAUCGAUGUGGAUGACCAGCGAGUAAAGGUUCAUUUCGAUGGCUGGGACCACAAAUAUGACUACUGGAUGGAUGCAGACAGCCCUGACAUUCACCCGAUUGGAUGGUGUGAUAUAACAGGGCAUCCACUGGAAAUCCCAUAUCGAGCAAAUGAUGUGAAAAUCCUUCCAGGUCAAGCUGUUUGUCCUACUCCAGGGUGCCGAGGAAUAGGCCAUAUCCGUGGUCCACGGUAUUCAGGACAUCACAGCGCUUUUGGCUGCCCGUAUUCAGACAUAAACUUGAAAAAGGAGGCAACUCUUCACGAUCGUCUGAGAGAACAAACACAGGCAAAUUUGGAAUCUGACUCUUCACAUUCGAAAUCAAAGAACCUCUGCAGUUUGAACUUCAACGGAAAACAUGAGAAGGUGAACAGUCAGCCCAGACUUGUACAGCAGGCAAAGUGUUUGAAAAUCAAAGGAAAAGAAGAUAUUGACUUGGAUAAUCUCUUCAGAGGUUUACAGGCAAGUAUAUUGGGUGUAUGCAUGAGACAUGGCAGACGGUAGUUCGCAGAGAAAAGAAUGCCUGACGAUAUUGUUGUCGUAUCUGCUGCGCCACAUCCCUUCUCUGGACUGGAGUCAAGCAUCUGUGUAGGGUCUUUCAGGUUUUUACCUUUGCUCAGUGAAUGUUCCACAGAGAACUGCACAAAAUCUCCUUUGAGGACAAGUAGAGUGAAGCUAAUUAAAGUGCAUUCCACUGAGUACCUGCCCUUUUGCCCUCUUAGCCCAUAACCAGAGCAGCUAAAGCUCAGCUACCGGGUACCGCAGAUGCAUGGCGCUGUCCAGGCCGCCACAGUGCCUAACCCCAGGGGACAUCUGGUAUUGUGGAAUGUUCAGCUAGAAAGCUUUUAGCUGUUUACUGUUUUUGUUCUCCAAUGUGUAACAAAGGCUCACUUUUUUACAAAUCCAAAAAUUUCAUAAAGCAAAAAAAUUAGAGAUAAGCAUGAAAAAUGUAAACAUUGUUAAUAAGUCCCUCACACAUUUAUUUUGGAUAUAAUAAUUCACUUUUUUGUUUUGCUACCAGCAUAGAAUCAUAUUUGGUGAACUUUUUUCUCUAGUUGCUGAUGGGUCAUGGCUGUCUUUCUAAGUCAUUGCGUGUACACCUACUAGGUUCUGUUUUUUUAAAUUUUUUAAGUAAUCAUUUUAGACGAGUUCAAGAGAUUACCCUCAUUGAAUCACCACUUGUGUCAAGAAAUAGAAUCUGAGUGGAAGCCCGCGUCAUGCUGUCCAGUUACCACCUCCUGCCAGGACAGUCACUCUUCUGAUUUCCAUCACUGUCAGUUGCUUUGCCCUGUUUUGAACAUUUUAUAAUUGAGAUCACACAAUGCGUGUCCUUUUAUAUCUGACUCUUUUUGCCAACCUUAUGUUUGUGAGAUUCAUUCGAAUCAUGCUUUGCUUCUUUGCUUAUUCUCAAUACUCAGUAUUACUCCAUUUUAUGAAGAUGCCACAAUUUAUCUGUCCAUUUUAAUAUUGGUGGCUUUCAGUCUUGCCCUCUCAGCAGUGGUUCUGCUAGGAACAUUCUUGUAUGUGAUUUGGUGGACCUGUGUGUGCAUUUCUGUUGGGUACAAACCAAAGAGGGAAAUUUCUGGGUCAUUGAAUGGGUUUGCAUUUAGGAGCUGGUGUCAAACAUUUUUACAAAGUGGUUGCAGCGGUGCAUUCUUGCUGGCACAGUUUGGGGAUUGUGGGGACUCCACAUCCUUGCCCGCAGUUAAUAUUGUCAGUCCCUAAUCUUAGCCAUUUAUUUGGGUUUGCAGUACUAUUUAAUUGUGCUUUUAAUUUUGCAUUUCCCUGAGGCCAAAUGGGCUUGAACACAUUUUCGUGUUUAUUGGCUAUUUGAAUAUCCUCUGUGAAGUACCUUUCCCAUUUGUCUUUUAGAUUGUCCUUUUCUUAUUGAUGUAUAGGAAUUCUUGAUGUCUGUAAACAAGUCCAUUGUUGGUUAGAUAUAUUGCAAAUAUCAUCUCCAGUCUAUGAUUUGCCAUUUCUCUCUCUUAAUGGUGCCUUGUGAUACAUACAAUGUCCAAAUUUUAAUAGAGUCCAUUAAUCCUUUCCAUUUUGGUUAGCACUUCUAAUAUUCUAGUGUCCUGUUUAAAAAAAAUUUGCCUAUUAUAUGUUCAUGAAGAUAUUCUGCUGUUUUUUAUUCUAGAAUCUUUAUUGUUUGAUCUUUCAGAUUAAAAAUCACCUGGAGCUAAUUUUUUUAUACAUGGCAUAGCAUAGGAGCCAAAAUUCACUUUUUAUAUGAAUAUUCAGUUGACCCAGCACCAUUUAGUUAAAAAGACCUACUUUUCCCCUGUUGCUCAUCAUAAAUCAAGUGACCCUGUACGUAUGGGUCUGUUUCUGGAUUGUGUUCCUUUGGCUUGUCUAUUCUCAUGCCAAUACCGUACUGGUUUAAUUACUAUAACUUUUUAACUUUGUAUCAUAAAUCCUGAGAGCCAAAAACGCCACUCCUCGCACUUUGUUCUUUUUCUUUGGGAUUGCCUGGCUGUUCUUGUUCCUUUGCAUAUCUAUAGAGCUUGUCUAUUUACACACACAUACACACACACACACACACACACCAAACAACAUACUCUGAUUUUGACUGGAAUUGCAGUGAGUGUAUAGAUCGAUUCCAGGUGAAUUGGCAUUCUCUAAUUCAUGAGCAUGGUACAUCCUUCCAUUUAAUUAGGCAUUCUGUAAUAGUUUCCAGUAAUGUUAGGGAGUUUCUCCGAGCCAGGACCUCCAGUAUCAUGUUGAAUAGAUAUGUGAUAGCAAGGUAUCUUUGUCUCAUUCUCAGUCUCAGGAGGAAAGCAUUCAGAAGUUUACGAUUAAAUAUGCGGUUUACUAUAGAUUUUUGUAGUGCCCUUUUAGUUUGAGAAAACUGCCUCCUCUUUUAGUUUGUGUUUUUAUUUUUAUGAAUAAGGUUUGAAUUUUAACAAAUGCUUUUUCUGCAUCUAUUUGGAUGAUCACAUGGUUUUUCUCUUUAUUCUGUUAAUGUGGUGAAUUAUAAUGAUUCUUAAGGAAAUUUCUUAUUGAGGUUUAUCAUAUUUUUGGGAAAAUAUGUAAAUUAUAUGUGUAUUACUCAAUGAAUUUCAAUAAAUGAAUAUUCAUGUACCAGCACCCCGAUCAAAACAUAGAACCAGUAUUUCUUUACCAAUACAGGUAGACCUCACCUUGCUGCAUAUGCAGUGAAUUUCAGUUACCAUGGUUUAAUUAAAUAAUUCCAGUCCCCUCACAACACAGUUCAGCUUUCAGUUACCACAGUAUGUUAACUGCGGGCCAUUGUACAAAGUGCUAGCCCAUUAGUCCACAAAUCACUACCUAACUAACAGAUCUGCAUAAUGAUCAGUGACCAAUAAUGUCUCUUCUUUCAAAGGCUGUAAGUGAUUGGUCUAAGCACAUCUGUUAUUCAGCUUACACACUGACAGCAAAGUGGGUAGUUGUGUGGCCUACUUGCUCCAGUGAUAAACACAUGGGAUGUUUUACAAAAGUGGAUACUCCAUUGGCUCCCACAUAUGAAAGUAUGAUAAAGAAACAAAGUGAUAACACUGGAAGUGAAAUUCAAAUCAAACGUCAACAGAUUUAUAGGAAAAAUAGCCAACCAUGGAGAUGCUGGCACUGCCCCCGUUCGAGAGACUCUAACUGUGCUGUCAGAAAAAUUCAGUGAAAACAGACUCUGGGACAUAAAUGAGAAGAUGACUGGGACAAACAGGUGAAUAUGUCCUGCAGGAAAUGACACUGGCAAAAAAAAAGAUCCCUUCACGUUAAAGGGACCCUCAGAGAUAUUUCACACCCUUGUA